CCCGUCCCGGCCCCGCACUCCCGCUCCGCCGGCGGCCGCACCUGCUCCGGCCAUGAUGAGCUUCGGCGGCGCCGAUGCGCUGCUGGGCGCCCCGUUCGCGCCGCUGCACGGAGGAGGCAGCCUGCACUACGCGCUGAGCCGCAAGGCAGGCGCCGGCGGCACCCGCUCCGCGGCCGGCUCCUCCAGCGGCUUCCAUUCGUGGGCGCGGACGUCGGUGAGCUCCGUGUCCGCCUCGCCCAGCCGCUUCCGCGGCGCCGGCGCCGCCUCGAGCACCGACUCGCUAGACACCCUAAGCAAUGGCCCAGAGGGCUGCGUGGUGGCGGCGGUGGCUGCGCGCAGCGAGAAGGAGCAGCUGCAGGCGCUCAACGACCGCUUCGCGGGCUACAUCGAUAAGGUGAGGCAGCUUGAGGCGCACAACCGCAGCCUGGAAGGCGAGGCGGCGGCGCUGCGGCAGCAGCAAGCCGGCCGCGCCGCCAUGGGCGAGCUGUACGAGCGCGAGGUGCGCGAGAUGCGCGGGGCCGUGCUGCGCCUGGGGGCGGCGCGCGGGCAGCUGCGCCUGGAGCAGGAGCACUUGCUGGAGGACAUCGCGCACGUCCGCCAGCGGCUGGACGAGGAGGCCCGGCAGCGCGAGGAAGCGGAGGCGGCGGCCCGCGCCCUAGCCCGCUUCGCGCAGGAGGCGGAAGCGGCGCGCGUGGAGCUGCAGAAGAAGGCGCAGGCGCUGCAGGAAGAGUGCGGCUACCUGCGGCGCCACCACCAGGAGGAGGUGGGCGAGCUGCUCGGUCAGAUUCAGGGCUGCGGUGCCGCGCAGGCGCAGGCUCAGGCCGAGGCUCGGGACGCCCUCAAGUGCGACGUGACGUCGGCGCUGCGGGAGAUCCGCGCGCAGCUCGAAGGACACACGGUGCAGAGUACGCUGCAGUCAGAGGAGUGGUUCCGAGUGAGAUUGGACCGACUCUCAGAGGCAGCCAAAGUGAACACGGAUGCUAUGCGCUCUGCCCAAGAGGAGAUAACUGAGUACCGGCGGCAGCUGCAGGCCAGGACCACAGAGUUGGAGGCACUGAAAAGCACCAAGGAGUCACUGGAGAGGCAGCGCUCUGAGCUGGAGGACCGUCAUCAGGUAGACAUGGCCUCCUACCAGGAUGCAAUUCAGCAGCUGGACAAUGAGCUGAGAAACACCAAAUGGGAGAUGGCCGCGCAGCUCCGAGAGUACCAGGACCUGCUCAACGUCAAGAUGGCCCUGGAUAUUGAGAUCGCUGCUUACAGAAAACUCCUGGAAGGCGAAGAGUGUCGGAUUGGCUUUGGACCCAGUCCCUUCUCUCUUACUGAGGGACUCCCAAAAAUUCCCUCCAUGUCCACUCACAUAAAAGUCAAAAGCGAAGAGAAGAUAAAAGUAGUAGAAAAAUCGGAGAAGGAAACCGUCAUUGUAGAGGAACAGACAGAAGAGAUCCAGGUGACAGAAGAAGUGACAGAAGAGGAGGACAAAGAGGCCCAAGGGGAGGAAGAAGAAGAGGCAGAAGAGGGAGGAGAAGAAGCAGCAACUACGUCUCCCCCUGCAGAAGAGGCUGCAUCUCCAGAAAAGGAAACCAAGUCUCCUGUGAAAGAAGAGGCCAAGUCCCCAGCUGAGGCCAAGUCCCCAGCUGAGGCCAAGUCACCAGCUGAGGCCAAGUCCCCAGCUGAGGUCAAAUCUCCAGCUGUGGCCAAGUCCCCAGCUGAAGUCAAAUCUCCAGCUGAGGUCAAAUCUCCAGCUGAGGCCAAGUCACCAGCUGAGGCCAAGUCACCAGCUGAGGUCAAAUCUCCAGCUACAGUGAAGUCUCCAGGUGAGGCCAAGUCCCCAGCUGAGGCCAAGUCACCAGCUGAGGUCAAAUCUCCAGUGGAGGCCAAGUCACCAGCUGAGGCCAAGUCUCCAGCUUCAGUGAAGUCCCCAGGUGAGGCCAAGUCACCAGCUGAGGCCAAGUCACCAGCUGAGGUCAAAUCUCCAGCUACAGUGAAGUCCCCAGUUGAGGCCAAGUCACCAGCUGAGGUCAAAUCUCCAGUUACAGUGAAGUCCCCAGCUGAGGCCAAGUCACCAGUUGAGGUCAAAUCUCCAGCUUCGGUGAAGUCCCCAAGUGAAGCCAAGUCACCAGCUGGAGCCAAGUCACCAGCUGAGGCCAAGUCACCAGUUGUGGCCAAAUCACCAGCUGAGGCCAAGUCACCAGCUGAGGCCAAGCCUCCAGCUGAGGCCAAGUCACCAGCUGAGGCCAAGUCUCCAGCUGAGGCCAAGUCUCCAGCUGAGGCCAAGUCACCAGCUGAGGCCAAGUCACCUGUUGAGGUAAAAUCUCCAGAGAAGGCCAAGAGCCCCGUGAAGGAAGGUGCAAAAUCCCUAGCUGAGGCCAAGUCCCCUGAGAAGGCCAAGUCCCCUGUGAAGGAAGAGAUCAAGCCUCCAGCUGAGGUGAAAUCCCCCGAGAAGGCCAAGAGCCCCAUGAAGGAGGAGGCCAAGUCUCCUGAGAAGGCCAAGACUCUGGAUGUGAAGUCUCCAGAAGCCAAGACUCCAGCGAAGGAGGAAGCAAAGCGCCCCGCAGACAUCAGAUCCCCUGAGCAGGUCAAAAGUCCUGCCAAGGAGGAGGCCAAGUCCCCCGAGAAGGAAGAGACCAGGACUGAAAAGGUGGCUCCCAAGAAGGAAGAGGUGAAGUCCCCUGUGGAGGAGGUAAAAGCCAAAGAACCCCCAAAGAAGGUGGAGGAGGAGAAGACACCAGCCACACCAAAGACAGAGGUGAAGGAGAGCAAGAAAGAUGAAGCUCCCAAGGAGGCCCAGAAGCCCAAGGCGGAGGAGAAGGAGCCUCUCACAGAAAAGCCCAAGGACUCUCCGGGGGAAGCCAAGAAGGAAGAGGCUAAAGAGAAGAAGGCGGCGGCCCCAGAGGAGGAGACGCCCGCCAAGUUGGGCGUGAAGGAAGAGGCUAAACCCAAAGAGAAGGCAGAAGACGCCAAGGCCAAAGAACCUAGCAAACCCUCAGAGAAGGAGAAACCGAAGAAGGAGGAGGUGCCGGCAGCACCAGAGAAGAAAGACACCAAGGAGGAGAAGACUACGGAGUCCAAGAAGCCUGAGGAGAAACCCAAAAUGGAGGCCAAGGCCAAGGAGGAGGACAAGGGCCUUCCCCAAGAGCCUAGCAAACCCAAGACAGAAAAGGCUGAAAAGUCCUCUAGCACAGACCAAAAAGACAGCCAGCCCUCAGAGAAGGCCCCAGAGGACAAGGCUGCCAAGGGAGACAAGUAAGAGGACGAGAGGGACACCCAGAAUAGCCAAAGAAACUCAGGACGGCCCCGGUACUCAAGGGUUGGUGUAAUAAAGUUUAUUUCUUCCUUUCCCUCCGUAAGAAGAAACACCACUUAGAUGGCGGGCCCGCCCUCACCAAACAGGAAUUUCUAUUAGGAUUAAGUUAGCAAGAGAAGAUAACCCUGAGCCCUGCCUCCCCAACACCGAAAGCCCUCCCCAGGUGAUGGACAAUUAUGAUAGCUUAUCGUAGCCGAACGUGAUGUAUUGCUGAACGCUCCACGUAAAACGCGUGACUAAAAACUGCCCCCCCUCCUUUCCAAGUAAGUGCAUUCACUUCCCGUAUGUCCUACCGACAGGUGACCGCAGUAAUGAAUGAGCAGUUAGAAAUGCAUUAUGCUUGAAAUGUUGUAACCUAUUCCCGAAUGCCUUCUUGUUUUCCAAAGGAGCGGUCAGGCCCUUGCCCGGUACACGCUCCUGGAAGAGCUGCAGCAGGUGAGGCAGGGCGCUGGCCGCUGAACCAGGCCAGGGUGUGCUGUCCACUGAAGUCCACUUUCGAUUGCUUCCGUGCAAUAAAACCAAGUGCUUCUGAAAUACAA